AUGGGCUAUGCCGCGUCGGCAAGAAUCAACGGUGGACGAUUCCGGCCGCGGUACGUGGUAACAACGAGCUUCGACUCCGCGGACGUGUCGCAAGUCCCCGUGGGAUCGCUCCGCUGGGCGCUGCAGUAUCUCACGGACGGCGCGUACAUCGCGUUCGACGCUUCCAUGGACGUGUGGCUGCAGGCCGACCUCUUCGUGCCGUCCUUCGUCACCAUCGACGGCCAGGGCGCGCAAGUGCGCAUUCUCAACGGGACCCUCGUGCUGUCGGGCGCGCGCGACGUCAUCAUCCACAACGUCGAAGUGGCGGGACAGCCGCGCGGCAGUCUGAUAACGCUGUACGGGUGCAAGCGCGUGUGGAUCGACCACUGCAGCCUGUACGACGCGGCGGGGGCGAUCAUCGAGGGGUGGCAUGGCACCACGGACAUGACCAUCUCCAACAACUACAUCCGCAACUCGCUCCUCGCCUCGCGCGUCAUUCAGAUGGGAAUCCACGACGCGGAUCCAGCGGACGCCACCUCGCGGGUCACCAUAUUCCGCAACUGGUUCGACGCAUCCACCUCCAUGCAGCCGCUCUGUCGACGUGGCGUCUGCCACGUGGCGAACAACCUCUACACCUCGUGGUCGGGGUACUGCCUUGCCGCCCGACGAGGCGCCACCGUGUGGUCUGAGAGCAAUUUCUUUCGUCCCGGACAUCAAUUCGUCAGCAGAUUGCAGCAGCAGCAGGGGCCGGGCAGUACAGGGAAGCUUCCACUGGAGGUGACCACGUGGCGCGGCGGGAUGGGCCCGCUGGAUCCGGAUUUCGAUCCAACGGUGGUGAUACGCUCUGUGGGAGACUACCUUCUCGACGGAGCCACGUUUCACGAGUGGGGGAGAGUGAAAUCCGGCGCGGGAGGAGUGGGAGCAGGGGGGUGGGUGCAAGCAGCACCAUUGUUCCCCUACGUGCUGUCUCUGCUGUCCAACACCAGCCGUAGGUAG